CACCUUUUUUGAAUCAUCGAAACCAUCUCACAGUAACAUUCUCAGCCCACUUAGGCUUUCAAUUUUGUCAGCUUAUAAAUAAAACACCAAAAACAGUAACGGACUGCAUCUAUGGCUUCCCCUGCAAUCAAGUUGCCAUUGCUUCUCUUCAUCUUUGCUUCCUUCUUUCUCCGUGCAGCUCUAGGUGGAAUUGUUUGUGAUGAUUUGCCAACGGAUGUUUGUGCAUUUUCAAUAUCGUCUUCUGGAAAGAGAUGUUUACUGGAGACUGACUAUGAAAAUCAUGGAAGUGUGGAGUGCAAAACAUCUGAAGUUGUUGUAACGAACAUGGCUGAUUAUAUUGAGACUGAUGAAUGUGUGCGAGCUUGUGGCGUCGAUAGAAACUCUGUUGGGAUUUCCUCAGAUGCUCUCCUAGAACCACAAUUCACUUCCAAGCUUUGUUCGCCGGAUUGUUACCAGAAGUGCCCCAACAUUAUUGAUCUUUACUUCAAUUUGGCUGCCGGCGAAGGAGCUUUCUUGCCAGAUGUUUGCCGGCAGCACCGAAGGAACCCUCGCAGAAUAAUGUUAGUCCAGCUUUUUUCAAGCUCCAGCGAAGCCGACACCACCACCACCGCAACCCCCAUUUCAACUGAAUCAUCCAAAGCUGCACUCGGCCCUGCUUUUGCUCCUGCUAUUUCACCAUCCCCAGCUCCCUUUUAGUUAUUCAUUUUCUUCAAAAAUCAUUCCCAAUUUUAAAAUAUAUAAAGGUGUUAAAUUGGUGGAGGAUUGUUUUCAUAAAUGAAAUGAGAGAUCUUGUUACUCUUAUUUACAUUCUGAAUUUCAUUUAUGGCAAUAUUCUGUAUCAUAAUACAUAUUGUGUUUAUUGAAUACAUUCAUCUUGGAAAUACUCCAAAUUUUGUGA